CCUUUAACAUCAAUGCUUUUGUGUGAUUUCUCCUUUCUCAAAUUUUUUUGAACGGUUCUGUUGCUUUGAUCAAAGUUUCCUUGUUCUGUUGUUGAUAUUGUUGUGUGAUUAUUAUUAUUAUUGAAUGAAAUCAACCAUGUUUGAUGUUUCCAUUUCAUCUUAGAUAAACAUAAAAGAAAGAAGGAAUUUUUAAUAACAAUCUAUGAGAUGAAAAUGAAACAUCUUCCUCAUCUAUGAUUUGGUUUUGAUAGAUGACUAUUGAUUAAAGAAGAUAAUGAAUGAUAUAUUCUUUCAAAUAUUUCCCUUUUUAUGUACACAAGAAUUAGUUUGUUUUUUUGAAUUUUCAAAUGAUAAAAGCUCACAUGCAAGGAUUAAUGCUCAAUUUCACAUACACAAUAACUAUAUGUUGUUUCUAAAUUAGUAGUUACUGAACUUUUGUCUUAUUUGUAGGCGCAUGUAAAAAUUGAUAUUUUGUAUGCUUAUCUUGUUUUAAAUAUUAGUUCUUGCAAUUUUUUAGCAUAUUUUGGAUGCUAUUAAUAACCUCAACCUAUGAAGUACCGACAUUUUAGAUUGAACAUUGAUGUUGAACACUGACAUGACACUAACACACAUAGUUACAUUCAAUUAAUUACAUUUUUUUUCUUCAAAUUAUUAUCAGCAUCAAUGUGUCAGUGUUUGAUGUUUGUGUCUAAGUCGGUGCUUCAUAGAUUGCAACAACAAUAUGACAUAUUUCCAAUGGGAAAUAGAUACAUCAAUUUUCUUUGACCUACUUUUACUUAUUUUUGAGACCAGAGUAGUACUAUUGAAAAUGGGAAAUAAUUGUUCUUGAUUGAAAAUGUUGUAUUGAUAUUCCAAUAGGACUUCUUCUGAAUCUGAUGUGCAACAAUCAUCGAUGUCCGAAAAUCUGACCUUGAAAAUGAGUGUUUUGCCACAACAAUGCCAUAAGACUAAGCCACUAGGCUUUCAAUUUCAAGACCAAGAUUCUUCUUCAACUCAAUCGACCGGUCAAUCUUAUUUGGAAGUCGGUUCGGGACAAUCAGGUCCAAUUUCUGUCCAAUAUACCAAUUCUUCUGCUUGUUCAACACUUAGCAAAACUGGCGGAAAGAGCGUGCAAGGUAUCAUAAGAUCAACUGCAGGGAGUCAAGAUUUUUCUUUCCCUCCUUCUCAACUGGAUCACAACCAAUCACUCGCUCAUGUGGCAUUCCCUCAUGCUGAGACAUGCUUUAGUGGCUUACUAGCGGCUCCGUAUGGACCGCAGAAUAAUGUUCAUCAUGCUCAGCUUGUAGGAAUGGCUCCGGUUCGAAUUCCUUUGCCUCUUGAUCUUUGUGAGGAACCGAUAUAUGUGAAUGCAAAGCAGUACCAUGCUAUUAUGAGACGUAGACAGUAUCGUGCAAAGCUCGAAGCACAGAACAAACUCAUCAAAAAUCGGAAACCAUAUCUACACGAGUCGCGCCAUCUACAUGCAUUGAAGAGAGCUAGAGGUUCCGGUGGACGUUUUCUAAAUACGAAAAAGCUCCAAGACCAUGGCCUUAAUGUUUCUAGCUCUACUCAGUUGAAUCUGAGCGAAAAUGUGGCGGGAUCCAAGGUACAUCAAGUAGAAAACUUUAGAGAUGGUGCUUCCACAACCGCAUGUUCUGAUGUCACAAGCACUUCUAAUAGUGAUGACAUGUUCCAACAACAUGAAUCAGACUUCAGAUCAUGUGGUUACCCUUCUCAUAUGCAGGGUUUCUCAGCCGAUGUUGGUGGUGGUGGUCGGAAUCAACACCAUCUAUCGGUCCUUAUGUGACAAACAUGUUUGGAACAUUAUAGCAAGUUACUCUUCUCCAAAAUAGUAUACUACUCCGAUCUCAAUUAUAAGCAAAAACAGAGUCAGAGAAAGUUGAUAUAUAUCUGGACCAGAUACAUUAAUUUUCUUUGACAUACUUUUACUUAUAUUUGAGACUGAGGAAGUAUAUGUUUGUGUUUCAUUGGGAAGUCAUCCUUGGCUCAUUUUAUAUCAUGUCUUACUAGUGUUUUAUAUUAUGUCUUACUAGUGUUGGUUAUUAAUUAUUCAAAAACAAGGUUAGAGAUUUUUGCUAGAUAUAUCAUGUUAUGUUGCCAUAAAAAUGUUUGGCUAUAGAAACAUAUGAAAGAAUUAAAGUGGCUUGUCAAAACUAUAUUAUUGUGUUCGUGCUGGUGAUAUAAGAUUUGGUUGUUGUUGUUGUCGUCAUUGUAAGAAACAAUAUUGUUGUCUAUGAAUUUGUGAUGGUGUCAUGGUUCCAAAUGUCUUGGUGAAAA